AAAUUACACAUAUAUAUUUGUAAAUAAUAAAUAUGGACACACUAGGAUCCAUUUUGCAUAAAGAAUUUUCAUAUGUGCACAUCCCUUGUGACAUCAACAGUCCAAUAGAAGUGUUAAAAUUCAAAGGCUCGGAAGACAGCUUCCGCAAGCAUUUGACGAAUCAAUUUGCGAAAGAUAAGCUACUAGCAGAUGAGAAGCAUGGAUUUGAGAAAUACCUGAAGUCACAGUACAAAGAAACUCAAGAGAAAGCUGGAUCAAAUAACCAGACAAAUGUAGAACUCUCAGAUGACUUGCUUAAAAGCUCUCUGGAAGUUGCAUCGAUUACAUAUCAGAUUAUUCCGCUUACACUGCCAUCCAAAAAAAACGGUUAUAUCGGCAUCAAUUGCUACAUUGAUGGAAUAGGUCGUGUUAAAAAUCUUCCUACAAACGCUAGGGCUACGAAAGUAUGCUCCACAGAUAUCCGUGGAGAAUGCUACGUCUCGAAGACAUUCGAUGAUGAAGAAGAAUUCAGACGCAUGGACCUUACACUAGAAGACUAUAAUGAGCUUUUUGAAAACCCUCCGGAUGCAACAGGGAGGUGGGAUAGCGCAGAGGCUCUCUCUAAGAUGCUAGAUCCACAAAAAAGUGCUGCAUUAACUCAACAACCUAAAAAGGAAAUAAUACCGAAUAAUUGUGAAAAUUGUAAAAGGGAGGAAAGUAAAGAUGCGCCAUUAAAAAUAUGCUCCAGAUGCAAAAAGAUUAAAUAUUGCUCCGUCCAAUGCCAAAAGGAUGACUGGAAAUAUCAUCAACGUAUAUGUAACGUUAAAUAGACCUAUCUGGAUAUCCGAACACGCCAACAAGUAUUUGAACUGAUUCACACGUAGUUCACAACGUUAUGGAAGGUGGACGUCGGGAACCAUAGCGUAACAGAUUUACAAAAUAACUUAUUUAACGCGUCCAAUAAGUUCAGAUAGAAUAUGUGCGCACUAA